AUGAUUAGAGAUUUAAUAUUAAGAUUGCUCAAUAGUGAUCCAAGGUCCUCAGAAGUGUGGAACGAGCAAGCAUUAAGUGAAUCAGAAAGUUUCCAAAUAGACCAAAUUGUAAAUUCUCUUCUUCUGCAGCCUUCUGAAGUUCAAGAUUUGCAAAGCCAAUACGAUUUUUACUAUAUCGGAUCAAUGCUUGACUACCAUAGCAUGGUUAAUGAAGAUUUUUUGAAGUCGCUAGAAGCGUGUUUACCAGAUCUUGCAAGCUUGAUCAUAAAAUUAACAUCUGUUAGAGACGAAUGCUGUAUAGAUGCAUUAAUAAAGAUUCUUACUCUCUCUUACUUAGCUGCAAAAAUAAACAUUUCAAUUUUUGAUUAA